UCUCUGAAAACUGCAGAGAGAGAAGUUCAUAACAACAAGCAAGGUGAAAGUUCUCUAGGCCAAUCUCUGGGGCUGGCGAACAGCGUCGGACCGGACUAGAAGGCAGAGCCGCGGAGGGCGGGGAGACGUUACGUUGACGCUGGCGUGACCCAGCCUGAGAAGUUGGCGGGAUCACCGAAAGCUGCAGCCCCGAGCGCGCGCUGUGGCCUGAAACCGAGGGCUGAGGAGAGCGGAGACGCACCCGGAGUGGGAUAGUUGGGAGCCACGUUUCGCCUGGGUGGCGCCCAGAAGGCCGGAACAAGUGGGCCGCAAGCGAAGGGGUCUGGGGUCCGUCCCGGUCGGGUGCGGACCGAGGCAGCGGACGGAAGUCGGAGCUCUCAGCCCGUCGGAGCGAGGAGCGCCGCGGACCGAGAAAUAAAUAAAACAUUAAAAAAGAAAAGAAAAAACCCUGAGGAAUGGCUAUGCAAAUGCAGCUUGAAGCAAAUGCAGAUACUUCAGUGGAAGAAGAGAGCUUUGGCCCACAACCUAUUUCACGAUUAGAGCAAUGUGGCAUAAAUGCCAAUGAUGUGAAGAAAUUGGAAGAAGCUGGAUUCCAUACUGUGGAGGCUGUUGCCUAUGCACCAAAGAAGGAACUAAUAAAUAUUAAGGGGAUUAGUGAAGCCAAAGCUGAUAAAAUUCUGACUGAGGCAGCCAAGUUAGUUCCAAUGGGUUUCACUACUGCAACUGAAUUCCACCAAAGGCGAUCAGAGAUCAUACAAAUUACUACUGGUUCCAAAGAACUUGACAAACUACUUCAAGGUGGAAUUGAGACUGGAUCCAUUACAGAAAUGUUUGGAGAAUUCCGAACUGGGAAGACUCAGAUCUGUCAUACAUUGGCUGUAACAUGCCAGCUUCCCAUUGACCGAGGUGGAGGAGAAGGAAAGGCCAUGUACAUUGACACUGAAGGUACCUUUAGGCCAGAACGGCUGCUAGCAGUGGCUGAGAGAUAUGGUCUCUCUGGCAGUGAUGUCCUGGAUAAUGUAGCAUAUGCUCGCGGGUUCAACACAGACCACCAGACCCAGCUCCUUUAUCAAGCAUCAGCCAUGAUGGUAGAAUCUAGGUAUGCACUGCUAAUUGUAGACAGUGCCACUGCCCUCUACAGAACUGACUAUUCGGGUCGAGGGGAGCUCUCAGCCAGGCAGAUGCACUUGGCCAGGUUUCUGCGGAUGCUUCUGCGACUUGCUGAUGAGUUUGGUGUAGCAGUGGUGAUCACCAACCAGGUGGUAGCCCAAGUGGAUGGAGCAGCCAUGUUUGCUGCAGAUCCUAAAAAACCUAUUGGAGGAAACAUCAUUGCUCAUGCCUCAACAACCAGACUGUAUCUGAGAAAAGGAAGAGGGGAAACCAGAAUCUGCAAAAUCUACGACUCUCCCUGUCUUCCUGAAGCUGAAGCUAUGUUUGCCAUCAAUGCAGAUGGAGUGGGGGAUGCCAAAGACUGAAUCACUGGGGUUUUUCCUGUGAUAAAGCUAAGUCCUACAGCAUGGAGUGGACUGCUCCCUGGGAGUUCUUCACAGGCCUCUUCCUGUUGUGACUGCCAGGAAAAGGCUUCCGGAAAAACAGCUAUUAUAUCAGCUUUUCUGAUGGUGUAAACAGGAGACAGAUCAGUAAUCACAAACUGAUCUGAAAUGUUUAUUCUGUCUGGAGUUUACUAAUCUCUAUGUGAACUAUUUUGGGGCAAGUAAGGAAUACCUUUGACAUUGUGCCUUAGGAUUGACUUGGGACUAAUAGCUGUCUCUUGGACAAUCUUUAGUUCCCUUGGAGACAAAAGCUGGGGGGACUGGAUGGACUCUUCUCUCACUAUCUGAAUAAUGUUGAAAUGCCUGGGUAGCAAAGGAAGUGGGUCUCCUCACAGGUUUUUUUGGCAUGUCAGUAAAACUCUGUCAGAAGUAGGUUUUUAAGUUAGUUUGCCUAAAUUAUAUAACAAUUGUUUUAUUUAAGGGCUACUGAGCAGGCCUACUGGGCCACCAGCCCUUCAAUAUCUAUCUAUGUGCUUGUUUUUUUAACUGCUAAGAGUAACUCAAGGUAAUUCUGGAAUCUUAAACAUUUCAGAAGCUCUUUAAGUAGAUUUAGUAUGGGGCUACUAAUAAAGUAGUUAUUUGUGCUAUU